ACCGUCAAAGCGUCAUAUGCGAUCCACACUGGCUAGCCGCGGACUUGCAUCCUUUUAGAAGCUAUGUCAAGGUUAACUAACAAGUGUCGUUUUCUGUAUUUACUUAGUUUGAGCUCAACGUGGAAAUGUCACCGACAAGUCUCCAGACUGUCAACGUCUGUAUGUGGCGGCAGAUCCGGGAGUAUAUCUUCAGCACAGACAGUCACAAGGACCUCUGGAUGUAGAGGACCUUCACAGUGGUUUUAUUGGAUUCUGAAGAGAAGGGAGCUCCAUUUAAGCACACCGCUUGGAGAAGAAAAGGCACUUCAGUUCAGAGAUCUAAAAGAGACAGAAUAUGAAAGACUAGCGGAUGAGACGCUGGAUGCAUUGGCAGAGUAUUUUGAAGACCUCACAGAUGAGAGCUUCACUGGGAUGGACUAUGACGUUGUCUUCUCUAAUGGAGUGCUGACAAUGAAAGUGGGCUCUGACCAUGGUACAUACGUUAUCAACAAACAGACACCCAACCGACAGAUUUGGCUCUCUUCGCCGACAAGCGGGCCGAAACGUUAUGAUUGGACGGGGGAGCGAUGGGUGUACGCUCACGAUGGCGUGGCAUUACAUAAUCUGCUCUCCAAAGAGUUGUCCGUCAUCUUCAAAUCAAAUAUAGAUCUGUCACAUCUCAUCCAUUCAUGAUGAGACCAAUGUGAAGAACAGACACUGUUAUAGAUCCUUUCCACACCAGUUCUCUCUCUUGACUCUCGUGAACGUCUUGGGAAGACCUUAAUACUGUAACCAGUGCUCAAAAAGACCUUCUGGAUUACAAUAUUGUAAUGGUUUAUGCCAAUUUUUGCUUGCGGAUCUACAAAUAAAGCCAAAAAAUGUCCGUCAAAUCCAAAACAAGCAGUCCUCGGGUGAACUGUAGAGAUGAUUUAUUUGUCUACAUCAAACCUGUACGCAAUUAUAAGCUUAAAAUGCACUCAGAACGGCAGAAAGUGCUCUCAUAAUCCCCUUAAACCUGUACCUGGUUAGAUUAAAACCAGAUUAAAGAGAUCACGUUUAAUGGCUCUUAAACCAGUUGAAUAAAACAAAUGGACACAGAUUGUUUUUUGGAGGCUGUGUUUAUCUGCUAGCCUGGCCCUGGUUGAACUAGAGGCUGCCGGCUAGAUGUAGGAAAAGAAGGGGAUUAUGACAGACAGAUGGAGAAGUUUUUGCUCUGAAAGCCCCCCGGCCAGAACCUUUUAUUCAAGUAUUAUCUGUGAAUAACGGCAUCGCAUCUGAUCAUAUUCCUCAGAGCUUCACCGCCACCCUCAGAUGGUUUAAAAAUACCAGCCCAAUUUAGCAUCAUCCCGCCCGUCUGUUAAAGCUGUGUCAUUAACUCUGGCGAUACAACAUAGUCGAUCAUUACUCCCCAGACGCUCCUUAACGUAACAGCCCAUAUAUCGCAACAUUAACUUGACACGCUGUCCACGCAGAAGUUAAAAUAUGAGAUGGACUGCACUGUGCUGAUACGUCUGAUGUCUUCAUUUGGGUUGCACGUGAUGAAACGAUGGCACCAUGCUGAUGUCUGAUGUGCUCGUCCGUCGAUGUAUGUGUAAAUAUAGUAUGAAAUAAAUUAGAACGUUGUUUUA